AUGGCUUGCCACACUCGCUCCAACAGCUUCACCUCAAGGCCACACCCGAUCGUUCAAGAAGUCGAUGAACAUUUGUGUAGAUUGAGAUCUUCUGAGGCCACCUCCACAUCCUCCUCAUCAAUCAGCCACAAACUAAGUGGCCUCCAAGACUUGCAUGGCUCGAGACGCGUUGUUUCUAAUUCUCCCUCUUUUUGUACCAAAAAAUAA